CCCCUAUCCAUGGCUCCACUGGUGUUCCUUUUUGGCCUCACCAUGUCCUGCAUUCUUGUGCGGGGAACUGGACCAGAGUCCCUACAUGACAGGGACUGUCCUUUAAAAUAAAAAUAAAGCUCACAUUUGAGGAUUGAUUAUGUCGUUUUCUCCUCUCUCAUUCUUACUCAUUCAUCCAACACAUAUUUGCUGGUGUCCAUGCACCAGGAACACACUGGGGAUACAGCAAUCAAAAAAUAACCGCCUGCCCUCCUGGAGCUCAUUCUGGCCAGGGCCACUGGCGGCCUCAAAGCUGUGUUAGGGUCCUACCCCCUCUAGGAAUCCUUCUCCCUCCUCCCAACUCCUCCAGGCUCCGUUUGUCACCAUCGCCUGCUCGCACACUUAACUCCAUGGCAGAUCGUGCCCCGCAGGGCGAGGGCCACGUACGCAGUGUCCUCUGGCGCCUGUGUGGGUGCUGGGACCCUCGCACCAGAGCCGUCUGAUUUCACCGUGGGCCGGAAGGCCGCGGAUCCUAGAGUGAAGACGAGAGCUGAUGAGGUGCAACAGCUGCAGGUUGCAAAGGGCUCUCUCCGCCCCGGUCCAGCCCCCGAGCUGGUUGGGGGCGGCGCCCCCUUGCCAGACUACUGGUCAGGGCCGCGGGCGGAGAGGGGCCGGUGCAGGUAGCUCGGCGGCCGCCGGGAGCGAGCGCUGGGCGCGGGGCCGCCGCGGCGGGAUGGGGCGGCUCGGGGCUCGCUGCCUUGUGCUGCUCGCCGCCUGCAUGGGGCUCUGCGGGGCGCGCGGGGCGCUCGGAGCAUCUUUUUAUGGUGAAAGCUAUGUAGAGCUCAACAUCAGAGAAGUUUCCUCUGAGUUAUCUCUUCGAUUAAAAUUUCAAACAAGUAAACCACAGGGAUUACUUUUUCUUGCAGUUGGGAAAAAUGACUACUGUAUAAUAGAACUUCUCUCAGGAAACGUAUGGGUGAGAGUGAAUUUGGGUGCAGGUGAACAAGUACUUUCUGAGCAAAGGCUUCGUAUGGAUGAUUUGGCUUGGCAUUUAGUGGAACUGGACUGUGUUAAAGAUACUAUCUCUUUGGUUGUUGAUAAACGUUAUGAGACAACUGGCCAAAUCACUGGUGGGAUGCGCAAUUUGCACUUUCAACAUGGAAUCUACAUAGGAGGCCACGGUGGACUUGCUGUCCCUUACCUAGAUAAAGAGCUCCCCAAUUUCCGUGGAUGUGUGGAGGAUGUGAUAUUUAACCAGAGGGAGAUCCUUACAUCCCUUAGAUCUUACCCUGGUUUUAAGAAGGUUUAUGAGGUGUCACUAGGAUGCAAUGAUGAAUUUUUUGCCGGAGAGGGUGAAGCCAUCAACUUCUUCAGCUCCAGAUCCUAUGUCACCUUCCCACAAUGGAGAGUGCAAGGAAAAGGGCUACUGGAAUUUGCUUUGCAGACUGGAACUGAACAAGCCUUGCUUGUAUUUCAGUCAGGUAGAGAAGGAGAUUUUGUUGCUUUGGAAAUAGUUAAAAGUAUAUUGAGGGCUCAUGUAGGAAGGAAUAAAAGUAAUACUCAGCUGUCUUCUUUUGGCUUUGUUAGUGACAACAAGUGGCAUGUUAUUCGACUCAGAUUCACUGAAAGUUAUCUGGACCUGAUGGUGGAUGAACAAGGGGUCAGGAUGUUGCUGCCUUUGCAAAUCAAACCAUUUGUAUCUGAAGGCCCCCUCUUUGUGGGAGGUCUUGAUAACCAUAAAAGAGAAGAAAUUAAGAGGUUAGAACUUCCCUCUGUGCAUAGGAAAUCUGCUCGAGGAAUCUCUUUCAAAGGGUGCUUAAAAGGUUUGGUAACCAACUCAGAAAAGAGAGCAUUAAAGGAUGCCCUUGUUUCCAAAGACAUAUCUGCUGGGUGUAAAAUGAAGAAUAGUGAUACCGAAAAUCCUUCUAUAACAACCAUAGAAAACCUGCUUCAGUCAGAAAUUCCCCUUUCUACUGCUGUUCGUGAGGUGGGUGAACCUUUUCUUCAAGAUGCGAGUAGCUAUUUCUUGGUUCUGAAUAACUUGGAGGUCCAAGAAGGUGGGCAAGCCUUACUGGAACAAAGGCAUGUGAAAGUGGAUAUGGAAUUUAAGGAUUUGAAUCUCCAUCAUUCUCAAGUACUAUUUAAAAUAAAGGAAAUGCCUAUUCAUGGUUUCCUUCGAUUAGAUGUUCCCCCUGAGCAGGAAAUGGAGAAGGCUUUUACUAUGUUAGAUUUGGGGCAAGGAAAAGUUUGGUAUGUCCAUGAUGGUUCAGAAGAACCUAGGGAUUAUUUCACAUUUUCAGUCUCUUCCAACAGCAAGAAGAAAAUGCCAUUAUAUCUGCAAGGACAUGUUCCCUAUGUGUUUAACAUUAUUGUCAUUCCAGUAAAUGACCCCCCACACCUUAAGCUCCCCGAAGGAAACUUGCUUCUUCUCUUUGAGAACUCUAAGAAACGACUGACUCCAAAUAUAAUACAUGUGUCAGACCCUGACACGGAUUCUUUGAGUCUUAGUUUUUCAAUUCUUGGCAACUUCAAUUCAGAUUCUGGGUUUUUAGAAAAUGCCAAUGAUCCUGGGAGAGCCAUUAAUGGUUUUACCCAUGAAGAUUUAAGAGAUGGCAACAUUUUCUAUGCGCACAGGGGCCAUCGGAACUCCCGGGUCCUUCUCAGAGCAAGUGACGGAGAGCUGGUUAGCAAUACAGUGGUGUUACGGAUCAUGGCUGUUCCUUGGAACUUUGAAGUGGCCAAUAGAACUGGGGUGGUUGUACAGCAGGGUGGCACAGUUCUGAUUACACAGAGUAACUUGUCAGUGGAGGUUAAUGGUGAACGCCAUAAGAUGGAGACCCACUAUGUUAUUACUCGUCUACCCCAGUUUGGCCAGAUUCAGCGGCAGGGGUCAAGUGGUGAAUGGAAACAAGUUAGUACCUUUUCUCAGCGUUCCAUUGAUCGGGGUCGGGUCCGGUACUGUAGUACAUUCAGAGAAUUGCAGCUAGAAAAUGUUACAGAUCACUUUAAAUUUAAAGUUAACAUAGAAGGAAAAACCAGUGGAGAGCUGAUGUUUCCUGUUACUAUACAGUGGCUAAAGUUUACUCUUCUGAAAAUUGUUCCUCUUGAGAUCGAUAAAAUAAACAGACAAGUAUUGAAUUCUGAUCAUUUACGGGCUGUGACAGAGGGUGUGGAAGUCGCUGAGAGGGAACUACAUUUUAAACUGCAGACACCACCGAAGAAAGGAAAAUUGCUACUUGGCAAUAAAGUUCUACAAACAAACUCAAUCUUCAGCCAAGAAAACAUUACAGACUCAAAGAUAACUUACGAACCACAGGAGAGGCUCAGGGAAGACACACAAGAUGCUUUUAGGUUCUUGAUUGUUGCAAAACACAUAGAAUCAAAAGAGUAUACUUUUACAAUAAGCUUUAAAACCGCUAAGACACGCAUUAUUUUAACCAACAGAGGAUUAUUUGUAAAAGAAGGAGAAGGGAAAUUAAUUACAAAAUCGGAAUUAUUCGCUCACACCCUGGAGAAUCAGACCUUGCAAUAUAAAAUCACCAAGAGUCCUCAACAUGGGACGCUGAAACUGAUUAACUUUUCCGAUUCUCUGGGAAGUCCUGACAACGUUACCACAUUCACUAAUCAAGACAUAGUGGGGGAACGGCUGAUGUAUGUCCACGAUGACUCUGAGACCCAGUGGGAUGAAUUCUUCCUUGUGGCUUCCACCACAGGCCAAGAGAGAGAUGUCAGGGAUCUUGACAUGGAAGAUUUGUCUCCAGAAAUCAAAGUCACCAUUUCCGUUGGGCUAAAGAAUGAUGAGAGACCAGUGCGCAUGAUAGAUAAGGUCUUCCAUGUUGUGCGGAAUGGCCAGCGCUUGUUGACCCUGGCAGAUCUCUGUUACCACGACCCAGACUCAGAUUUCGAUGAUGGGCAGUUGCUAUACAUCCGGCGGGGCAUUCCAAAUGGGGACUUGGUACGAGCCAGUGACCCCACUCAGAAACUCUACCAGUUCAGGCAAGACGACCUCCAAGAAGGGCGUGUGCUCUUCAUUCAUCGAGGUGUAGACUCGGCCCGCUUUGUGCUGUUUGUGACAGAUGGCGUCCACUACACGUCGUCCCUUCUUGAGGUCAGUGUGUCAGACCCCUACAUCCGGAUAGCCAACAACACUGGGCUGCUUGUACAGAGGGGAAAUCACAGCACCCUCACAGCAGCCAACCUCAGUGUGACCACAAACCAAGAUGUUAGAACAGACAGCGAGAUCUCAUUCCACAUCGUGCGGCCCCCAAAGCAUGGUGGAGUGCUGCUCAAUAACUCCAUGACCCACUCGUUUACCCAGCAUGACUUGAAGCAAGGACGUGUGAUUUAUAUGCAUGACGGCAGUGGCAACUUUGAUGUGUUCAACUUGACAGUGAAAGUUAAAGGUACAUAUUUGGAAGUGGGCGUCUAUGUGCAAGUGUCCUGGGACAGCUACCAACAUCGCACCCAGGUUCUACACAGCAAGACCCUUGUUGUUGAAGAAGGAAAACCAGUAAAGCUGAGUAGAGGUAAACUCCCGGCUGUGCAUGAAGGUAAUAUUCCUCCUAAGACAACCUUCAUUGUCAGAACUCCACCAAUGCAUGGCUACCUCCGAAAAUCUUUACCAGAAGAAAGCAGCUUGGGUGCAGAUGCAAAGUCCCCUUUGAUUUUUACGCAACAAGACAUUGAUGAUGGUAAUAUCCAUUAUGUGCAGACAGCUCCUGACCAACAACAGGACCGUUUUUUACUGGAUGUGUUGAACGGUUUCCAAGCUGUGAGGGGAGUUGAAAUCUUGGUGGAUAUCAUCCCUAAGCGGAUUCCUCUGGAGGUACAAAAUUUCACAAUCCAAGAAGGUGGUUACAAAGCACUUCUGGAAGACCACCUCAAAAUUCCAAGCAAAUAUUUUGAGGGAUUUGACUGUGAAUUUGUUUUACUCAAACCACCAAAACAUGGUUAUAUUGAAAAUUCUCAUUUUCCAAGAGUAAAGCUAAUGAAAUUUACCAGGAAACAGGUGGAAAAUGAAUUGAUUUACUAUGUUCAUGAUGAUAGCGAGGAACUCCUUGACAAUUUCACCAUCUUUGCAAAUAGCUCAGAGCUUGGAAAACAGAGUUUUCCCCAAACUCUUUUUGUGAUUGUGGAAUCAGUAAAUGAUGAGGCUCCAGUAAUAACAGCCAAUAAAAUCCUCCAGGUGUGGGUGAAUUCUGUCACGGAGAUUACCAGUAAUGACCUCUGUGCGGAAGAUGGGGACUCGUCCCCACAGGACCUUGCUUACUGGGUCACUCCACCCAGCAACGGACAUUUGGCGCUCAAGUCCUUUCCUGGCCGAAGCAUCCAGAACUUCACCCAGGUUCAAAUCAACAACGGUCAGCUAGUGUUUGUACACAAUGGAGCAAUGUCAGGAGGCUUUAGUUUUCAAGUUACUGAUGGUUUGAACUUUGCACCGCGACAAAUUUUCAGCAUCACAGCUCGAGCACUGAUCAUUAGCUUAGAAGUAAACAGAGGACUGAGCAUCUUUCCAGGUUCCAUGAAGCCCCUUUCCUCUCGUAACCUGAGAGCUGUGACCAAUGACAUGGGCAGUGCAGGAAACAGAACUAUAACUUUCACGGUCGUAAAUUCCCCUAGACUUGGGAAGCUGGUGCGAGUAAAUCCUGACAACAGCACUGAGGAUGUGUCCAUGUUUACGCAGGAGCUGAUCAGUGAACAGCUGAUAUUAUACCAGCACGUGGACCACGAGAACACUGGCUGGACUGCGGAAGACUCUUUCACAUUCUCGGCAUCCUGCCCACCGGCAGCGCUAGGCCCUGAGAAGUUUCGUAUUACGAUUUCCUAUGAAAUUAAUGAACCUGGUCGGCAGAGUCGUCUGCUUGCAAAUGCAGGAGCUGCUGUCAAGGAGGGAGACAAAGUUCUCAUUGACCAAUCUAAGUUGGAUGCUUCCAACGUCCUACUGAAAUUGCCCAAAUCUCAGCGUUCUUCCUAUGAAAUUUGGUUCCAGGUUAUAUCUCUUCCUCACCAUGGAACCAUUAUGAUUGGAGAGAGAAAUAUUACCAAAGGAAAACCCAAUUUUUCCCAGUAUAUAAUUAAUAAAUUUGGAAUCACAUACCUUCAUGAUGACUCUGAAUCUCUGGCUGAUAAUUUUACCUUUGCUGUUUGGCCAAACCCAAAGAGCAAGCCUGCCGCCAAGCCAGAAGCUGACUUCCUUGAAGAGAUGUUUAACAUCACCAUCUCUCCUGUUAAUGACCAGGUGCCAGAAUUAAAGACAAAAGGGCUUUGGUUGAAAGUUCUACAGGGCCAUAGGUUGGUUGUGGGACCUGAAAACCUGAAAGUGGAAGAUCUAGACAGUCCUCCAGAGGAGAUCAGAUAUACAAUAAUCCGUAAUCCUAAUAAUGGCUUUUUGUCAAUGGCUCCCCAUCCAGACACACCUGUUCACCAUUUCACACAAGCCAACAUCGAUAACUCUCAGGUGUGGUUCAUACAAGAUGGAAGCCCAUCCUCUGGAGUGUUUUAUUUUAGUGUGACUGAUGGCCAGCACCGCCCACUCUACAAGCUCUUCCACCUGGAUGUCAUCCCCGUCUCUAUCACCCUUGUGAACCUCACUGACCUACUUCUCCCACAAGGCCAAACAACCGUCCCCAUCACCAACGCCCAUCUGUCAGCAAUGACCAAUGGGAGGAGCCCCCAAAUCACUUACCAGAUAACAUGGCCUCUCCAACAUGGGCACCUGUUCAUCAAAAACCAGACGGUAAUCAGCUUUGGACAGGAGGAUCUGGAUUCAGGAAGACUCUCUUACCGCAUGACAAACCUCACUGCCUCAGAGGACCAGCUACAGUUCUCACUGUUUACCUCAGAAAGCAAUCUGACAGGACAAACACUGAGCAUCAGAGUACAGCCUUUACUGAGGGUUCUUUCAAACCUGACAAUCGCCAACAGAGUGGCGUAUCAGCUAAGAAGAAAGGACCUUGAUGCUACUGAGCUCGCUAAUAGGACUAACAGUGAUCCCGAAUUUGAAGUGACAGAACCCCCUGUCCAUGGAAGACUUGUACGAAGAGUAGGCCGUGGCACUCUGGUGGAAGACGCUACUCUAUUCACUCAGAGGGACAUUGACCAAGGGCUAUUGAUGCUUGAUCCACACGCCAAUCUAACCAGCACUGAUAUGCUGAAUGACUCCUUCACUUUCUUGCUCCGGGCAGACCACGUACAACCAGCGAUAGGCUAUCUCCCCUUCACCAUAGUGCCACCUGAUGCCUUACUUUUGAAAACUUUUACCCCUAAUGUUUCUUUAUUAGUUGCUGCAGAUAACUUGGUGGCUUCAGCUCUCUCUCAGGAAAAGCCUGUGGUUUCCUCAGGACCCACGGCACAGACAGAAACUCUGGGGAAGCUUAUCCAGAGAAGAUGGCGGGAAUCAGAUCCCUGGGGACGCCACCGUGCUGAUGGGCCUACUAUGGAUGGCAAGGCUUCUCCUACCAGGGUCAUUUGGCCACCAGCUGCCACCAAAGCCAGCCCUUGGGCACCCACCCAGCCCAGGGAAAGUAGUUACUCUCUAAUAGUUGUCAUACCCUUGGCUGCUGUUGUAUUCCUGCUGAUAGUAAUUGUGGUGGCCGUGUGUGUCUGGCUGCUGGGCCGGAAAGUAGAAAAGGCAAAACCUCUUGUCAAGCUCCAGACCAACCUGGAACCCACAACCCGAAAUCCAAGGCCAGAAAGGAGCAUAACUAUUCCCACGGUCACAGUGACGCCCCUCCUAAAAAUCUCCAACAGUACUCCUGUCAGUCUUUUCAGGGCCCUGCCAUGUAAGCAAACGGCCUCUCCAAUCACUGAGCCAAUGGAAAAAUGUGCUCCUUGGGAGACAUGGGUGAAUCUGGAUCCUGACAUGAUCAAACUCUGCCGACAAACCAACCCGACACUGAAGCAUAACCAGUACUGGGUGUAGACUGAACGCUGUUGUUCCUUAUUGACCAUCUGUUGUAUGUCAGAGACUGGAAUAGGCACAUACAAAAGCAAAGAAAAGUGGGUUGGAUCAACUGAGAAAAGCCUGGCAUUGCCAGUCACUCAGUGCUUGGUUAUGGCCCCAUGGUUAGAUAUUGAUAGGUGUUUAUUAUAACUUUUGUACAACACUUAUCUUAUGGGCUCUCCACAAUGAGCUUUACGUGCCUUCUUCUGGAACUGACUCUCUGAGGAUGCAUAAGAUGUAGUCAAUAUUUAAACCCUUUACCAAGGUGCUACAGAACAUGCUGGCCCGAUUGGCAACAGUAGUGUGUUAACUUGGGAGCUGGAGUUGAUGGAGGAAGGUUUUGAAGCUUCUUCCCUGAGGAUUCAGUCUCUCUGAGUGAGUCAGUAAGGGAGUGCAGGAACUGUUUCAGCAAGUAGAAAGGGUUAUUUAUCACAUCAGUGAGUUUGUUUCUAGUGUUUUUCUGUAAUGUCUUUUCCUCCUUGGAGUCUCUAGGUUUGACCUCCAAAUGCAGGAAAUGGCCUGGUGCUCCACAUAAUGGGACAGUCUGGUUCCCUUCGAAGGUAUUCACUGAACACAUUGUGUUUCAUCAAGAGGCUUUGUCUAUUGUGAUUUGUAUAAUCAAGACUAUUAUUUGAAGCUCUAAAGAAUAGAAAAGGUUGCUAAAUAGUUUUGUGAUGCCUCAAUUUGGCUGAACUUUACAAUAAA